UUUUUGCAGAUGCUCUCCACCGAUACUCCACACGUUAUAUUAACGAAUCAAGACCCACCCUAGUCUACUCUGCUUUUACUCUCUCUCUCUCUCAUCUCAAAAGUAAGCAGAAGGGCCACUUUUCAACCAAAAAGAGCUCUGCUUUCUCUGCUACUCAACUUCCGGUGUGUGGAAGCUUAGUGGGGGUGUUUUGCACUUUCUAUGAGCAAUGUUCGCAUUUUAGUAAAGCGUCUCUGGUUAGUGGGUUGUCUUCACACUACUAGACUUCUGACUGGAAGAGAGAGACUGUUCUUGGGAACGGAGAAUAUGGGUACCUGAAGGUUCUUGCUUGUUCGGUUUGAGGAGGGAGGGGGCGGCAGCGAGGCUGCUUGUUUCUUGGGAAUUUAAUUUCCCUUUCACUAAGAUUUUUCUGUCAUGGAGAGUAUUUAUUGGUCGCAUUUAAUUGUGGUGCUUUGCUUCGGGACGUUUGUCAGCUGUUUGUGUCAGAAUGAUUCAGAUGCAAAUUUCUCAGCUGUGUAUAUUGUUACUUUGAGACAAGCUUCUGCUGCCCAUUACUAUGGUGAGUUGACAAGGGACGGAGCUAGUCUCAAAUACGGUUCUUCUGGAAGAUUGAAUAUUCACAAACCGAGAUUUGGAAAUAUUUCAAGAACGGAUCGGAGGUAUAAUUCCUAUAUUGCUCGAGUUCAUGAUUCAUUAUUGAGGCGGGUGUUAAGGGGGGAGCAAUAUCUCAAGCUUUACAGCUACCGCUACUUGAUUAAUGGUUUCGCUGUACUUGUUACCCCAGGGCAGGCAGAGAAGCUUUCAAGGAGGAGAGAAGUGGCGAAUGUGGUUUUGGAUUUCUCUGUCAAAACUGCAACCACUCAUACUCCACAGUUCUUGGGCCUACCACAUGGGGCAUGGACUGAAGUAGGUGGUUUUGAAUCUGCUGGAGAAGGAAUCGUGAUAGGGUUUGUUGAUACUGGCAUUGAUCCAACACACCCGAGUUUUGCUGAUAACAUUUGUGAACAUCCAUAUCCAGUUCCAGCUCAUUUUUCUGGCAUCUGUGAGGUUACUCGGGACUUUCCCUCUGGUUCAUGCAAUAGGAAGCUUAUUGGGGCCCGCCAUUUUGCAGCAUCUGCUAUAACCAGAGGAAUUUUCAAUGCAACUCAGGAUUAUGCAUCACCAUUUGAUGGUGAUGGCCAUGGCACGCACACAGCUUCUGUUGCUGCAGGAAACCAUGGGAUUCCAGUGGUAGUUGCUGGUCAUCACUUCGGAAAUGCGAGUGGGAUGGCUCCUCAUUCACACAUUGCUGUUUACAAGGCAUUGUACAAGAGUUUUGGAGGCUUUGCUGCAGAUGUAGUUGCUGCUAUAGACCAGGCAGCUCAGGAUGGGGUUGACAUAAUAAGCUUAUCGAUCACUCCCAAUCGACGUCCUCCUGGUCUUGCGACAUUUUUUAAUCCCAUAGACAUGGCUUUGUUAUCUGCUGUAAAGGCUGGUAUUUUUGUUGUGCAAGCUGCUGGCAAUACUGGACCAUCACCUAAGAGCAUGUCUUCGUUCAGUCCUUGGAUCUUUACUGUUGGUGCUGCAUCUCAUGAUAGAGGCUACAGUAACUCUAUAAUCCUUGGCAAUAAUGUAACCAUUCAUGGAGUUGGGCUUGCACCUGGAACUGAUACUACGUACAAACUGAUAUCUGCAAUUCAUGCUUUAAACAAUGAGACUUCGGUUGCCAGUGAUAUGUACGUGGGUGAAUGCCAAGGCUCAAGUAGCUUCAAUCAAGAUCUUGUCCAAGGGAACCUUUUGAUCUGUAGCUAUUCAAUACGAUUUGUGCUUGGGCUCUCAACUGUCAAGCAGGCCUUACAAACUGCCAAAAACCUCAGUGCAGCUGGUGUUGUGUUCUAUAUGGAUCCUUUUGUAAUUGGUUUUCAGCUUAAUCCAGUUCCACUGAAAAUGCCUGGCAUCAUAAUUCCAUCACCAGAUGAUUCCAAGAUUUUACUCCGAUAUUACAAUUCUUCUUUGGAGAGAGAUGGGCUUACGAAGAAAAUUAUUAGAUACGGGGCAGUUGCAAGCAUUGUUGGUGGAUUAAAAGCAAACUACAGUAAUUCUGCUCCAAAGGUUAUGUAUUAUUCAGCCAGAGGACCAGAUCCAGAAGACAAUUUUCUUGAGGAUGCUGACAUAAUGAAACCCAACUUGGUAGCUCCUGGGAAUUUCAUAUGGGCUGCUUGGAGUUCUCUUGGCACUGACUCAGUUGAAUUCCAAGGUGAGAGCUUUGCAAUGAUGUCCGGGACGAGCAUGGCUGCUCCUCAUGUUGCUGGGCUGGCAGCACUGAUUAAGCAAAAGUUCCCUAGUUUCAGUCCCUCAGCCAUUGCAUCUGCCCUUUCCACCACUGCUUCUCUAUGCAACAAGACUGGUGGACCAAUAAUGGCUCAGCGUGCCUAUGCCAACCCAGAUCUGAACCAAUCUCCAGCAACACCAUUUGACAUGGGUAGUGGUUUUGUGAAUGCAACUGCAGCACUGGAUCCGGGUUUGAUUUUUUACUCCAGUUAUGAUGACUAUAUGCAGUUUCUUUGCGGCAUUAAUGGAUCUGCUCCUGUGGUUUUGAAUUACACUGGUCAAAACUGUUGGGUUUAUAAUUCUACCAUCAAUGGAGCUGACCUGAACUUGCCCUCCAUCGUGAUAUCAAAACUGAACCAGUCUACAACAGUACAUAGAUCAGUGAUCAACAUUGCUGGAAAUGAGACUUACAGUGUUGGUUGGAGUCCUCCUUCUGGGGUAUCUGUUAAAGUGGUUCCAACGCGCUUCACUAUUGCAAGUGGGGAGAGACAGAUCUUGAGUGUAUACCUCAAUGCAACUAUGAACAGUUCUGUUGCCAGCUUUGGGAGAAUCCGACUUUUUGGAAAUCAAGGUCAUAGCGUCAACAUUCCUCUAUCAGUCGGCGUUCAAAUCUCAUCAAAACAUUACUAGUGGCUGAUGAUGUUAUGUAGUGUUUUCUUGUUUGUUUGUUUUUGUUUUCCUUUUCUUUUCUUGUGUUUCAUAAUUCUCAUGAUUUCUUUUGUUUUUUUUUUUUUUUUUUUUAUUCUUCUCUUUACUUGGUCUUGCCAGAUGUAUUAACCAUUUUUUUAUUCAUUAUCAUGUAAAUCUUGAAGCAUCUUUUGCUAACAUAGAUACAAUGGUUGAAUGAUAA